GCCGAUUCGCAUCGAUCUCGGCGCCCGGAUGGCGCGAUGCCUUGGCUCCCAGAGCGCCACCUGAUACCACGACUGGUGGGCCUCAGCACUACCCUUUGGCUCUGCUGCAAGGUGGGCUCCUGGGUGCGUGGCCUGGGGCGUCUGGGCUCGCUGCUGCUGCGGCUGCUGCGUCCAGGCCGGCUCUGGCGGUGCCCGGAUUAUGGGCACCUCCUCAUGGUGCCGCUCUACCCAGGUAAUCCCCCCUCUACGGAGGCAGCACAGGGCGCCCAGCGCCUCGCUGAGGAGGCGCUGCAGCUCGGCGGCCCCGAGGCCUUGCAGAGGCUCGGAGAGGCCGUGCUGCUGAACCCCACUGACGCGCAGCUGUACCUCGCCCGCGCCAAGCUGUCGAGCAAAGUCCAGGCGCUGGACGACGCGGAGAUGUGCGUCUCCAUCGACGCCAAGAGCGCCGAGGGCUGGCUGGAGAAGGGCAAGGCGGAGUUGGCGCUGAGCCGCUCCAUCGACGCCGCGCAGAGCUUCACCGCGGGGCUGCAGCUGGCGCCGGAGGACCCGCAGCUGCAGAGGUACGCAGCCCUGCGGGCGGAGCCAACGCCCAACAUCCUGCAGCAGUUCAAGGAUCUCUUCUUCACCGCGCGGUUGGGCCUGGAGAAUCUCUUCCGCACCCUGGAGGACCCCACGAAGACCAACGACGCCUUUGUGGAGAGCAAUGCAGCAGUCUUGGAUACGCAGCUCGGCCUGCUCGCCCAGACGUUGCAUGUGAACACCUGCGUCCUCUUCGACUCUUCUCGGCUCUGCGACGCCUAUGAGCAGAUCGUGCGCGCCUGCGCACAGCUGGUGUCCAAUGCUCCAGCCUCCUUCUCAAGAAGGCUCCAGCAUGCCGAGAACAUCGUCGAGGGCUUGAGCUUGGCCCUGCGCAUCGGGUGGCACAUCCACCACGGCAUCGCCAAGCACGCGGCCACGGCGCUCAUCGUCCUCGCCACGUCCCCCGGCGCCGCGGAGCCGCUGCGGCGCCUCGCGGUGCGGCAGCUCCUCGGAGGCCUCCUCCGCUGGCUGCUGGAUGCGCGCCCGGAGCCUGACCGCGAAGAGGGGGAGGAGAUCUGCGGAUGCAACUGCCCCGUGCCGUGGAAGGCUGCCGCGUGCUUCCUGGAGCGUCUCUUUGAGCCGGGGCGGCCGCAGGCACUCGUGCAGCAAGAGUGCGAGAACUGGCCGGACACGGUGCAGCUCUGUCAGUGGCUCACCUUGUCGGUGCGCGACUACCACGCCACGCCUUUGGGCCUCGUGGCGCUGCUGCAGUUCCCCAAGGUGGCCCAGCAGGCCAUGCGCUCCCUCGCCAAGGUGGAUUUCUUCAUCGCGCCCCACAUCUUCGGCGAGGACUUCGGCGAGGACGACCUCGAGGACGAGUCCGAGGGCCCGGAGGACCUGGACCCGGACCUCCCCUGGUGGCGCGCCGCCCAGAUGAGUCGCCAACCGCGGGCCUGGCGCCACGUGCGGUUUUUGGAGGCCGCCGCCCAGGCGAACGACGCGACCGGGGGGUCAGCGUCUUCAGCCGGCCCCGUGCCGGUUCCGGCCGCUCCUUUUGGGGCUCAGGUGCCGGGCCUGGACGUGGAAGGCCGGGACGCCUCAAUGCUGCGUUGGAUCCCGGAUCCUCCACCACCGCCCCCGCAGAGACUGGGAGAGUGGCUCAUGAACUCCUUGGGCUACCUCUUCCUUUUCAUCGAAGGUGAUGCGCUCUUCACGGUCUAUGCUUGCCGUGCACUGCAGGCUCUUGCCAAAGCCGACCCUGAAGGCGAUGGCGAGUCCCGACUUCUGCGGGGCUUGUGGCUGGGAGUGCCCUUACUCAGCAAGCUGUCGUUGGCGGCGUGCACCAACACGGCGGCGCUGGAUCUGUUGCACUGCUUGCUGGGCGCCAAGUGCCCCAGCGCCCGCGCCGGGCUCCGCUCCGCGGUGCGGUCCCUGGCGAUGGCCCUAGCCACGGAGGACGGUGCCCGGGAGGACGCCGCGGGCACCGCGGACAUGGCCGCGGCGAACUUCUCCCCGGGUGCGCCGGAAGCGCUGCUUCCGCCCGACGCGCCGAUGCGGGAGGACCUAGGCGACAUGCCGAACAACCUUUUGCUGACCCACGAUGAUGACCUCGUGCCAUCCUGGGCGGAAUUCCAUCACGAGCUCUUUCAGGAACUGGCAUGCCCCAAUUCCAGAGACGGGUCCAGCACGCCGGACUUGGUCACCUUGGCCAACUUCGAGACUAAGGCGAGCCUCUUGGCGGAGCAUGCCACCGUGCACGCGGUGGCCAGUGACUCGGAGCGGACGGUCAGAUACACCUGCUCCGCCGUGCCCGCAGCGUGGAAUCGGAGUAUGCUGAGUAUCGAUGUGGACACGGGCGAGGCUUCGACCCCUGAGCCUUGGCAAACGGCUUCGGCGCAGAGACUGAAGGUCUUCCACGACGAUGGCUGCGCGGUCGGCUCAGAUGAAUACGUCCAAGACACCAGGAAGCAGAACAAGGCAGUGUUGAUGUCGCGGCGCUCCAUUCGCUCGAGCCACAAGGUGCACAACUGGGCGCAGGCGGUGGCCUCGGCCGAGGAGGCGGGCGCCGGCGUGGUGGUGGUCUUCAAUGACCUCGACGCCUUGGAGCCCUUCCGUAUGGGCCUCUUCGGGGAGAAGCUCCCGAAUAUCCCGGCCUUCAUGGUGAGCGGCAAGGACGGCCAAGCGCUUUGCGCUGCCAGAGACUGUGACAUCCUCAUUGUCAGGUCCGUCCUCACCUCCUCCUCCACUACACCGCCUUGGCCUUUGGCGGGUGGGCGCCUUGCGGACAUUGCCCAGGCGUGGAGCCUUUUGGAGGCCAUCUCGGACCACGACGGGGAGUUGGAGGAGUUGCUGCAGCGGAUGAGCGUGCCAGAGAAGAGGGUUUGGAUGACACGACGCCUCGUGCGUCACCACCGGCACCAAGCGGAGGGCGAGGAGCUGGAGCCGGCCCUCGCCUUUGUGGAAGCCGACCGGUGGCUGGCGCCGGAGAAGCAGUUGGAAGCUCUGCGCCAGCAGUUCCGGGAGCAGACGGGGCUCGGGGCGCCCGACGUUUGCGGGGAGUUCGAGGUCCGCUUCCGCGGGGAGCAGGGCGUGGGCAGUGCGGUGGCCAGGGAGUGGAUGGACCUCAUCGCCCGGGAGGCCUUCCUGCAACCCAAGCUGCGGCUCCUGCGGAGCUUCGACCAGCGGCAGACCUUUUGGCCCGACGCCGCUGCACCCUUUUGCAACAGCUGCUGGAAGAUGGACUAUGAGAUUUUGGGUUGUCUGGUGGGCCUCGCGCUGUGGCAGAACUGCACCUUGGAUCUGCCGCUGCAUCCCCACGUCUGCGCCCUGCUCUUUGGCUUCCCCGAGGGCAAAAUCUCGACCAGCCUGGCAGACAUGGACCCAGACCUGCAGAAGAACAAAGUGGACUGGCUCUUGGCCAAUUCGUUGGAGCAGCUGGGCAUCGAUCUCUCCUUCUCGGACCCCUUGGGGGUGGAGGAGGAGAGCGAGGGCGGAGAGCCCUUGCCGGCGCUGGUGCGGGCGGACGAUCGGCUGGCCGGCGCGGAGACGGAGAGCUGCGUCUUGCGGCGGGUGGGUGCUGCGGAGGUGGCCCUGGCGGAUGAGGACACGGUGACUGACCAGAACAAGGAGCUCUUCGUGUCGCGGCUGGUCGAGUGGCGGCUCCAGCAGAGCGUUUCGCUGCAGGUCGAGGCCAUGGCGAAAGGCCUCAGCAAGGUCUUGCCCGCGAGCCUGCGCCAGGAGAUGCACAGCUUGCUGACGCCGCUGGAGAUCGCCCAGCUGCUGUCGGGCCUGGGCUCUUUGUCGGUGGAUGACUGGGAGAGUCACUCCGUUUGCACCCACGGCCUCUCCAAGGAGAGCCCUGUGGUGCAGUGGUUCUGGCAGGUGGUGCGUGGCUGGGCAAAGGAGGAGGAGGCGAUGCUGCCGCAGCUGCUGCAGUUUGUGACCGGCUCCGCUCGCGUGCCCGUGGGGGGCUUCAGCGAGCUCGUGGGUUUCAAUGGCGCGAAGCACGCCUUCACCCUGGCGGGGGCGAGUCACUUGUCGCCGCAGGCGCUGCCGGUGGCCCACACCUGCAUCUGCACGUUGGACAUGCCUCCCUACACGGACUUCGAGACGAUGCGCCACAAGAUGACGCAGAUGCUGCGGCUGGGCCGUGCGCAUUUCGACGAGGGCGCUGGACAAGCUGGACAGGAGUGAGCCUGGACUGGCCGGAAGCAAAGCGACCGGAAACUUGACCCUUUGGGUUUGCCCCA